AUGGAACUCCCCCAAGACCUGUACGAGACCCCUGCGGACGAGCUGGACAUCUUCGUGAGGCAGAACCUACAGCCCAAGGGGGAUUGGAAGGAGGAGGUACAGGAUGCCUGGCAGAGAAUGGAGCGGUUUCUGCGGGACCACUGCUUCCAGGAUGAGCUGAUUCUGGAUCAAGAAGUCAGGGUGCUGAAGGUGGUGAAGGGUGGCUCCUCAGGGAAGGGGACGACGUUGAACUACAGCUCCGAUGUUGACCUAGUCCUGUUCUUGAGCUGUUUUUCCAGCUUCCAAGACCAGGCCCAGCUCCGAGAAGUCAUCAUCAGCUUCAUCCAGGAGAAACUGGAUCGCUGUAGUAGGAGUCUAGCCUACAACGUAUCACUGGUCCGGCCCAGAGUGGGGACCCAGGCUCCUCGGUCCCUAUCCUUGCAGGUCCAGUCCAAGAAGAGCAGUGAAGUCAUUUGGGUGGACGUGCUCCCAGCUUUCAACGCUCUGGGACACUUUUGCCCAGACACAAAACCAUCCCCAGAAAUCUACGAAGACUUAAUAACCAGUGGCGGGCACCCUGGGGAGUUCUCAUCAAGCUUCACGGAGCUGCAGAGACACUUUGUGAAAAGUUGUCCUGCUAAGCUGAAGAGCCUACUGCGCCUGGUGAAGCAUUGGUACCUGCAGUACUUGAAACCUAAGUAUUGAAAAGUACCUUUGCCUUCAAAAUACGCACUGGAGCUACUGACUAUUUAUGCCUGGGAAAUGGGUACAGAUGAAAGUGAGAGCUUCAACAUGGAUGAAGGAUUCGUAGCUGUGAUGAAACUCCUCAGAGAUCACGAAGACAUCUGCAUAUACUGGACCGAGUACUAUGACUUCCAAAAUGAGAUUGUCAGAAACUGUAUCAAACAAAAGUUGAAGGAAUGCAGACCUGUCAUCUUAGACCCAGCUGACCCUACCAAUAAUCUGGGAAAAGGGAAGAGGUGGGACUUGGUGGCCAAAGAAGCUGUUCGCUGCCUCCGGCAGGCCUGCUGCCACAUUGAAGACCCCAGCCAGGUCUGGCAUGUACAGCCAGCAAGAGAUGUGCAGGUGACAGUGAGAAAGACAGGGGAGGAGGCCAGGACACUCUCAGUGAACCCCUACAGCCCCAUUUGGAAGAUGAAAACAAAGAUUAAGGACAUGUGUAUCUAUGGCAGUCACCAGCGACUCUCCUUUCAAGAGCCGGGUGGAGACCGGCAACUGCUCAGCAGCCAGAAGACCCUUGCAGAUUAUGGGAUCUUCUCUAAGGUGAGUAUCCGGGUGCUGGAAACCUUACCAUAUGAGAUCCAGGUCUUUGUGAAGGACUCUAGUGGCCAGAACAAGCCGUAUGCCAUCGACCCUGAUGACUUCAUCUGGGACUUGAAAGAGAAGAUUGAGGCAGCUGGAGGGCCUUGCGUGAAGGAUCAAAUACUAAAGUUCCAGGGUCAGAAUCUGCAGAAUCGGCGCAGCCUCAGAGACCUGCAGAUCAAAGACUGUGACACCAUCACGCUCAUUAGGAAAGGCUGA